AUGUGGAGGCUCAAGGUCGCCCAGGGGGCCGGGUCAUGGCUAAAGUCGUCCAACAAUUUUCGUGGGCGGGCGGUUUGGGAGUUCAACCCCGAGCUUGGCACGCCGGAGGAGCGCGCCGAGGUGGAGAGGGCGCGCCGUGAGUUCACGGAGCGCCGCUUCGAGAAAAGGGAGUCCUCUGACCUCCUCCUACGGAUGCAGUAUGCAAAACAUAAACAUCUUCAGGUGGAUCCUCCACCGGCCAAGCUCGCAGAAAAUGUAGAAGUCACAGAGAAGAUCAUAUUAUCAGCAUUGAGGCGAGCCCUCGCUCAACAUUCAAGUCUGCAAGCAGAUGAUGGAUGCUGGCCAGCAGACUAUAGUGGCCUUUUGUUCAUUAUGCCUCUCUUGGUAUUCGCUCUAUAUACCACUGGAUUACUCAAUACUGUCCUAUCUAAAGAACACCAACGUGAGAUAUGUCGCUAUAUUUACAAUCAUCAGAAUGAAGAUGGUGGUUGGGGUAAACAAGUGUUGGGACCGAGCACCAUGUUCGGCUCAUGCUUAAACUAUGUUGCAUUAAGACUUAUUGGUGAAGAUUGCACGAAUGUUGCAUUGACCAAAGGACGUGAGUGGAUUUUGUCUCAUGGAAGUGCAGCUGCAAUUCCGCAAUGGGGAAAGAUAUGGUUCUCGGUGAUGGGUUUGUAUGAUUGGUCUGGAAACAAUCCAAUAAUUCCUGAGUUAUGGCUUCUCCCAUACUUUCUGCCAAUUCAUCCAGGACGAUUUUGGAUACUUUGCCGUAUGGUGUAUCUGCCUAUGGCUUAUCUGUUUGGUAAAAAGUUUGUGGGAGAAGUUACACCAACUAUAUUGGAAUUAAGGAAUGAGCUCUAUUGUGUACCAUACAGUGAGGUUGAUUGGGAAAAAGCUCGUGAUACUUGUGCCAAGGUGGACCUUAUAUAUCCAAAGACAAUGGCACAAAAUCUUGUAUGGACUUGCCUUAAUAAGGUUAUAGAACCAAUGCUGAAUUGGUGGCCAGUAAAUAAGAUAAGGGAUGUAGCAUUGAAAAACAUCAUGGAACAUAUCCACUAUGAAGAUGAAACUAGUAAAUACAUAUGUAUAUGUCCGAUAAACAAGGCACUAGAUAUGAUUUGUUGUUGGGCAGAAAAUCCAAAUUCAGAUGCGUUCAAACAACAUCUUCCAAGGAUAUAUGAUUUGCUAUGGCUUGCUGAAGAUGGAAUGAAGGCACAGGUCUAUGAUGGUUGUACAACAUGGGAGACUGCUUUCAUUGUUCAAGCCUAUUGCUCGACAGGUCUUGUCAAUGAGAUUGGUUCAACACUUCGUAAAGCUCAUGAAUUCAUUAAAUGUUCACAGAUUAGUGAAAACCAUUUGGACUACAAAUCUUACUACCGUCAUGCAUCAAAAGGUUCAUGGACACUUUCAACAGCAGAUAAUGGGUGUUCAAUAUCUGACUGUACUGCUGAGGCAUUGAAGGCAUUGCUAUUGUUAUCAAAGAUCUCUCCAGAUCUUGUGGGGGAACCCAUAAAAGGAGAAAGUCUGUAUGAUGCAGUUGAUUGCUUACUUUCUUUUGUGAACAAUGAUGGAAGCUUCUCUGCAUACGAGUGUAAGAGAACCACACCUUUGUUGGAGGUUCUCAACCCUUCGGAGAGCUUUCUGAAUAUUAUUGUUGAUUAUCCAUGUGUUGAAUGCACCUCAUCUGUGCUACAAGCUCUGAUUAUGUUUAGAGACCUAGAUCAUGUGUACCGCAAAGAAGAGAUAGGAAAUUGCAUUGAAAGAGCCUCCAGGUUUAUUGAGAAGGAACAACGAAAAGAUGGCUCCUGGUUUGGCAGCUGGGGUAUAUGUUUCACUUAUGGGACAUUCUUUGCGGUAAAAGGGCUAGCUCUUUCUGGAAGAACUUAUGAAAAUAGUGAUGCCAUCAGGAAAGCUUGUAGCUUUUUGUUGUCAAAGCAGCUACAUACAGGUGGAUGGGGAGAAACUUAUCUUUCUAGUGAAACUGAGGAAUAUGUGGAAGCUAGUAGACCUCAUGCAGUGAACACUGCAUGGGCAAUGUUAACCUUAGUUUAUGGUGGGCAGGUGGAACGUGAUCCAACACCAUUAUAUAAAGCUGCAAAAGAGUUGAUCAAUAUGCAACUAGAUUCUGGAGACUUUCCCCAACAAGAACACGUUGGGUGCUUCAAUAGUUCCAUAUACUUCAAUUAUGGAAACUACCGCAACUUGUACCCUAUAUGGGCUCUUGGGGAAUUUCGUCGUCGGCUUCUUGAAAGAAAGAAGUGA